GCCGUUGGACGUCGGGUUUUUUUGUUUCUUCUGGAGCAGUCCAGUCUGAUGAAUUCACCGAAAAAAGACGGAGAUGAUGAUGUGCCCGUUAAAGACCCGGUAAAAUACGGCGAAUUGGUCAUUUUGGGGUACAAUGGCUCUCUUCCGAGCGGAGACCGUGGGCGCAGAAAGAGCCGCUUCGCUCUGUACCGACGGGCCAAGGCCAACGGGGUCAAACCCAGCGCUGUGCACAUCCUCAACACACCACAGGACAGCAAGGCUGUCCACAGCAGAGGGCAGCACAGCAUCUCUUUCACUCUGUCCCGUAACCAGACGGUGGUGGUGGAGUACUGCCAUGACAACAGCACAGACAUGUUCCAGAUUGGACGCUCCACAGAAAGUCCCAUUGACUUUGUGGUGACAGACACCUCCGGAGGGGGGAAGGAGGGGGAGGACCCGUCCAUCGCUCCCAGCACCAUCUCACGUUUUGCCUGCAGAGUCGUGUGCGAACGCAACCCACCUUACACUGCGCGUAUCUACGCCGCCGGCUUCGACUCCUCCAAAAAUAUCUUCCUAGGGGAGAAAGCAACCAAAUGGAAAAACCCUGAUGGGCAUAUGGAUGGCCUGACCACCAACGGGGUGCUAGUGAUGCACCCGGAGGGGUUCCCAGAGGACCCAAAGCAGGGUCUGUGGAGGGAGAUCUCUGUCUGUGGGGAUGUUUACGCCCUGCGGGAGACACGCUCUGGACCCACCCGGGGCAAACUGGCGGAGGGGGAGAGCAGUGCACUACGUGACGGUUCCCUGGUCGACCUGUGCGGCGCCACCCUGCUGUGGCGUACAGGCGAGGGGCUCAUGCGUGCUCCCACCCUGCGUCACCUGGAAGCACUUCGCCAGGAGCUCAAUGCGUCCCGGCCCCAGUGUCCUGUAGGCCUCAGCACACUGGCCUUCCCCAGCCUGCCACGCAGUCACAGCCUUGAAGAGCGCCAGCCUUGGGUCUACCUCACUUGCGGCCACGUCCACGGACGCCACGACUGGGGCCAGAGAUCCGAGGGAGUGGAGGAGCCGCGAGAGGGCGAGGGCUCCACGACCCGCCGAGAAUGUCCCCUGUGCAGGAGCGUGGGUCCCUACGUGCCCCUGUGGCUGGGCUGCGAGCCCGCCGUGUACGUGGACGCUGGAGCCCCCACUCACGCUUUUGUGCCGUGCGGCCACGUCUGCUCGGAGAGGACAGCCAGGUACUGGGCUGAGACCCCGCUCCCCCACGGGACGCACGCCUUCAGACCCGUCUGCCCGUUCUGCUCCGCUGCCCUCAGCACACCCGGCUGGACGCGGCUCAUCUUCCAGGGCCCCAUCGACUAAGUCACCGCUCCGCAGCAAACCACUAUCACAGAUAACAGAGAUGCCUGAGCUUCAUUCGUGUUGCAAAUGUUGGUCAGUAUGGAUGAGUUAUAACAGCGUGUGUACUCUACACUCCACACAUUCUGAGUGUGUAACAAACACUGUCCAACAUUGUUAAUGAAUGUAGUUCAAAGCUGAUUUCUUCCCCCUGUUUAUCCUUCAAUGCUUGUGGAUUGGUAUAAGAUCUGGAGACUAGGUGGAAAGGAACAUGACAGAAUGAUCAAUACAGUAUUUACUCUAAAUGGUGUCCAGUCCUCUGUCAGGGAAGAUUCUGCUGUUUUUCAUUCCAACCAAAAACACUAGCUGAUUUCACUGAUCACCUAAUCGUUCUCAUAAGUAAAAUUGUACACACAGGCGCUAAAACGAUGCUGCUUGACCCUUUUAAAAAUAAUUUUCACUCCAUCAUCAAAUGUCAUACGAAAUCAACAGAACCAAACACUAUUAUUUGUCUGUUUCAGAAGCCAUGUAUAAAAUGAAUUUUGCACAAAAGAAAGGAACGGCCUUUUUAACUCAGUUCAUCUGCAGCGUCUCGCACGUCUGCAGCGCCCUCGUGUCCUUAACUCGGUGUAACGCCACCUCUUGCACUUCUCGGCCUGAUGUCCGACCACUUCUUAAUUUUUAAAGCAUGUUAAUGUAAUUGUGAAAUGCAAAAAAAAACUCCUUCACCCUUAUUUUCACACCAAGUCUCUUUAUAGAUUUUGCAAACUUGACUUCCCUGUCUUCCGUUCUGAAUGACCAGCUGAUUUUAUAUUCAUAGUUGUAUUCUCAGCAGGCCGUAUUAACUACUUACUGUAAAUGUAGGAGUUUACAAGGUGUGUGUUUCUGCUCAGCAUUUUAAGUUCCCAGCGAUUCAUGAAGGGAAUAUCAUUAGCCAUUCUUAACAUGAGUAUAUGCAGUCGUCAUCUUCCUGUCUUCAUGCAUCUUUUUAGUCUGGAAUCCACGCAGAGAGACCCCCAUAAAUGAGUAGUAUUAUGUUGGAAUGAAAACCUGCAGUCUCUUUGAUUAUCUCUGUAAGCACUGGAGGGAACACUACACGCUUUAUGAGCGCACCACAAAGACUUCACCUCUUAAGGCCAGAUCUCAUCCUGAUUAUCAAGCAGACGGAGGAUAAGCACGGGCCGGGAAUUAAACCGGGUAAAAAAUCCACUUCAUAACUCUGUGCAGCAAUAAUAGCACUCCCAUAGAUAAGCUAAAUGUUGUGCUAUGUUUAGCCAAGUGUUAGGUCGGCGGUCACUCUGAACAUGGCUGAAAAUGGUUUCCAGGUUAAGGGCUCAACCAGAGGCGUGUUCAAUAUCAUGAUUUAUUUCCAAAUGUGGUGUUGUGUGUGUGUGUGAGUGUGUGUGUGCGCGUGUGUGUGAUGUAACCAAAGCACUAGAAUUUAAAUAUGAACAAAUGAAUCAAUGACAUUCAUUUAAAUACUCAUUUCAGAUGUAGCUGGAACAUGCAAACAGAAAUUCGCAUGUUUAGGCUGUCAUAAAACAACACAUUGCAUCGCUACUGUUAAAUUUGAACACACUUCUGGUUACUGAAUUAUGCUAAACAGGGUCCAUGUCAGUAUGGCGGAGUGUCAACAAGGUUUGACCUUGCAUAACCUCAAAAGAUAACCUUUGUUUUUGUUGUUUCAAAGAAAACUAUUUUGUUAGGAAACGGGGGAGGGAUUCAUUUGGGGAUGCGGGUGGAAUUCUUUUAGAUGUUCAGUGUUAAAAAAAAAUAUUUUUCUAACUGAUGAAUUGGUUUUAGUUAACCGUUGUUACUCAGUGUAAGCAAGUUCCGUAUGUUUCCGAAAUAUUAUCGUGUGGUAGAUCUAGGAGAGCUUGUGAGUGAGAAAACAUUGCCAACACUGUGUCCAACAAACACACACACGUUAACACACUGCUACCCUAAAAACAUUGCCCAGACAAUGAAUGUAGCCAAAUACUCAGGCUAUAUUUAGCCUUCCCUGGUGCUCAUAUUGAAUGGUCUAUAUUGUGAUACUAUUUUUGUAACUGAAUAUUAUGGUGUAGCUUUGGUGAACUAGCUCGAAAAAAAAAAAAAGUCAGAUAACUUCAAUAAUAGCCUCAAGUGUGGAAGACGUAUAAUUGAUAACCCACGCUCACAU